AUGGGCCUCUCUAUCUUCGCAGAUAAUGGCCCAGCAACAAGACAUUUAAAAAAGUUGAAAACCCUAGUUCGUAUUUUCUUUUGUCCUCCCGACGGUGCCUACGCUUUCAACAGGGGCUCUCUCAGCUGCGUCGCCAGCAGAAACAUGGCUGUUCCUUUGCUCUCCAAGAAGAUAGUGAAGAAGCGCACCAAGAAGUUCAAGAGGCCCCAUAGUGACUGGAAAAUCUCUGUGAAGCAAAACUGGCGUAGGCCCAAGGGUAUUGAUUCACGUGUGAGGAGGAAGUUCAAAGGAUGUACCCUCAUGCCCAACAUUGGUUAUGGCUCAGAUAAGAAGACUCGCCAUUAUCUUCCUAAUGGAUUUAAGAAGUUCGUUGUGCACAAUGUCAAAGAACUUGAAGUUUUGAUGAUGCACAACAGGACUUACUGUGCAGAGAUAGCACACAAUGUAUCAACUCGCAAAAGAAAGGAGAUUGUUGAGCGUGCGGCACAGCUAGAUGUUGUUGUCACCAACAAAUUGGCCAGGUUGCGCAGCCAGGAGGACGAGUGAGCGAUGUUGCAAUAUUUGUUUCUCUGUUUUUGUUACUAAACUAUGCAGUAGCUAGAGCUUUGAUGGAACAGUUUUCUGGAGUUUUUUGAUUUAAAAUUUGGAUUCCAUAGGUUUCUUGCGAAACAUGUAUGGUUCAUUUUUCAUAUAACCACCGAAUGUCAUUCUGAUGUUCUUGGUCUUAUUUGUGGCUUAAGUUACCGGUGUUCAAAUUUUUGAUUAUUCGCAAAUUUUGAUCUUAC